GAGUAGUACACAUGACCUUCGUUCUUUCAGUAUUUGGAGGCAGCAUUUGUUUUUCUUCCGUCAUCUGUUGAGCAGCAAAGCGAACAACCAUGAGGAAGGAGAUCAUCAUUCGGAUGUAUGUGAACUCGGAGAAAUACCAAACCAAAGCCAUGAAAGUGGCAGCUACGGCUACCGGGGUGGAGUCGGUGACGCUGGCCGGCGGCGACAAGAAUCUGCUGCUGGUGAUCGGCGACGACGUGGACUCCAACAAGCUGACCAAGAGCCUCAAGAAGAAGGUGGGCGCCGCGGAGAUCGUGGAGCUGAGGACGCUCGAUACGUUCGGCGCGUCGUCGCUCCCGCUCCCGGCGGGGACCAAGGGGGCAGUGGCGCCGGGGCGGUCGCCGUACAACGGCUCGCAGCACUACCAGUACGGCGCGGCGCCAGGCCCGUACGCUCACCACCACCACCCGUCGCCGCUGGCCGCGCAAGGCGGCUACGGUUACGGCUACGGUUACGGCAGCAGCUACUCGCGCGCGGUGGCGCGCAGCCACCCGGGCAACUACUCGCCGCUGGUCGAGAGGCACGACUACUACCCCAUGGAGCACUCCUCCUCCUCGUCCGGCGGUGGCGGUGGUGGUGGCGGCGGCGGCAGCACCAGCUACAGCUCGGUGCCUCGCCGCGAUAGUGGCUCCGGUGGCUGCUGCAUACAGUAG